CCUGGAAGAGCGGAACCUCCCUCAACUAAAAAAGGGAGGUGUAAACGACACAUAACAAGAGCCUUCUUACAAAGUGCAUACCGACCUAGAGACGCCAGUUCCUAACAAGCUCGACACCCUCCCGACGGCGACGUACAGUACAGUACCACUACCGGUCGAGCCCAAUCCCUUCUCCCAUCGGUGAAAUUCCAUGGGCACACGACCGCGCCCUUGUUCGUUCCAGUCGACACCGCCUUGCUUCUUGCCUCGCGAGUAGUACGGAGUAGAGACCACGGACUUGUGCGGAGGGCGUUCUGCCCUGCACACACGCGAGGAGCCAUGUCCACCAACGAAGAGACGGCCAAGCCGAGCUCGCAGGAGACAGCGGAGAGCCCCAGGGUAGAGGAGCCGCAGCAGACAACACAGUCGCAAGAUACAGAGACCCAGGAAAGCUCAUCGAGACCGGCUUCGAAAAGUGGCUCUGAUAAGGACACGGAAUCGUUCGAGGACGCCGUUGAAACCGGAUCGCUACGCUCUUUGACCAAACGCCACCAACCUAUCAAACGCCUGUCCAACGGUGAGCGAACAAAUUCGGACUACGGUGACGAAGCCUCGCAAGCCGCUGCAGCAAACGGUAGCCCAGACGCCCAAGAACAAGCUGCGGACACUGCGGACACAAAACCGCCGCGACCUCUCUCCCAGGUCUCCGCAGGGACUCUUGAGCCUGUCAACCUCGACGAUGACGCCGUUGCAGCAGCUCCUCCUGCUCCGCAAGAGAAGAGCUCGCCGCCGGCAGAGAAGGCAUCGAAAACCAUGUCCCUCAGCAGCAUAACAAAUGCGCUGCCCCCAAUGCCCUGGUCGCCUCCAGCAACCGACUCGCGGUCAAAGAGCCCGCCCGCUGCAAGCGCCCAAGAAGCAGCUCCGGCUGCAGCUCCCCCGCCGCCCGCACCGGCGCCUACGGGCAGGAAAUUCAAUAGCCCCUUUUCUUGGCUUUCUAGAAGUUCCUCCAAAGAGCCGCCUGCCGUGCAGGCCAAACCGUCCACGCGAAGAAACACGGCCAGCUCAGUAGCAACCAUGACUAGCAAUCCAGAGAUGAUGCUGAGCAAGCUGGAGGAGGAAAAGGAAGGGGACUCGAGAGAACAUGGCUCGCGGAACAGUCUAAAGGCUCGCUUCAAGCAGCUGCGAAUGAUGGAAGAGGUCGGCGCCCCGAGCGAAGCUGACAAGACUGCCGUUGCGGCCAGUGAUGGGGCGGAUGCUGGUCUUGCGGCGGUGCAACCGCCGCUUUCUCCAUUGCCGCCAAUGCCAGACAAGAACCUCGCGCCAGGUACCGUCUCAGGCGUCAAUGCCGGCCCUUCUUCCAUUGUCGAUGCCCCGGUGGACUGGGAUCUCUGGCAAUCCGUCGUCUACGAAGGCCCCGCUGCAGUUGCUCGGACCAGUGCAGAAGAGCUGAACAAGGCGAUCGCGACUGGCAUCCCGAACGCCAUCCGCGGCGUCAUCUGGCAAGUCCUGGCGCAAAGCAAGAACGAGGAAUUAGAAGCCGUCUACCGGGAGCUUGUGGUUAGGGGCACGGACAAGGAGAAGAAGGACAAGGACAGGCAGAGCAGCGGGACCACAAUAAGCGCCGCCAUCAACGGCAGCGCCAAAGGCUCGGCAUCCUCUGCAUCAUCUGUUAAUUCUGAGAACUCGGUUACCAACGGCGCACCAUCACCGACUGAGAAGGAUGCAGAGUCCUUGCGAAAGGCUCAGGCAGCGGCACAGAAGAAGGAAAAGGAGGAUCUGGCCAUGCUGCAGAAACUAGAGAAGACGAUCAGGAGAGAUCUCGGCGCCAGGACGAGCUAUUCCAAGUUCGCCGCUGCCCAGGGGCUUCAAGAGAGUCUAUUUGGUGUGUGCAAGGCAUACGCGUUGUUCGACGAAGGCGUUGGCUAUGCCCAGGGCAUGAACUUCCUCGUUAUGCCACUUCUGUUUAAUAUGCCAGAAGAGGAAGCGUUCUGUUUGCUGGUGAGGCUGAUGAACCAGUACCACCUCCGGGACCUCUUCAUCCAGGACAUGCCAGGCCUCCACCUGCACCUGUACCAGUUCGAACGGCUCCUGGAGGACUUAGAACCAGCACUCUACUGUCAUCUGCGGCGACGCCACAUCUCACCACACCUCUACGCCACACAAUGGUUCCUCACCCUCUUCGCCUACCGCUUCCCGCUCCAGCUCGUCCUCCGCAUCUACGACUUGAUAUUCUCCGAGGGUCUCUCCGCCAUUCUCAAGUUUGGCAUCGUCCUCAUGCAGAAGAACGCGGCCGCUCUCCUCGCCAUCUCCGACAUGUCCCAGCUCACCACCUUCCUCAAAGACCGCCUCUUCGAUGUCUACAUCGACUCGGCCCCGUCCUCCAGCUCCAUCCUCGAAAACGGCUUCUUUGGCAGCAGCUCCAGCAGCAUUGACAAGGAGGUCUAUCGCGCAGACCAGCUCGUCCGCGACGCCUGCGAGGUGAAGAUCACACCCGAGAUGCUCAAGGCGUACCAGCUCGAGUGGGAGGAGAAGACGCGUGCCGAGAAGGAGAGGGAGGCCGAGCUGGAGGCCCUGCGCGCGUCCAACGCCAGCUACGCCACCCGGCUGCGCAAGCUCGAGGAGCGCCUGCAGGAGGUGGACGCCGAGCAGGCCUCGCUGGCGACCGAGCUGGUGCACACAAAAGUGGAAAACGACGAGCUGCGGGACGAGAACGAGGGCCUCAAAAUCCAAGUGCAGGAGCUGCGCAUUGUCAUCGAGAAGCAGCCCGCCGAGCUUGAGACGGCGUGGCAGGCGGAGCGCGACGACCUAAUGAAGCGCAAUGAGAAGGUGCACGAGGAGAACCAACGGCUGGAGAAGGAGCUGUCGGAGCUCGAGGAGGAGCUGGUCCAGACUAAGAUGCGGUAUGCUGAGAUCAACUCGCAGCAUGAGACACUGACAAGGAAAUGGACCGACCUGAAGCGGCAGUUCAAUCAAGCUUAGCUUAGCCUAGCUUAGCCUAGCUUAGCUCAAUGCUCGCAAUCACCCUAUCCUACUCCGUGCCUACUACGUCCCUAUUGCAUCUUCCUUCACGUUUGCGCAAGCGCGACACACCCAGCAUGUAACACCAGGCCAGCAGAUCGGGGCCAUCUUUUUCUCUUUUCGCAGGCCAGGGCCUCCAUUCCUCGUCGGAUCCCUCUCCUAAAGAACCACGAGCAACCUGGCGCCCAGCCCCCGAGACGAGUGAGCCCCGGUGGCUCGCCGCGUGUGGUGGGAAGUGUAGGGACCUUAUCGGGCAGGGCUACCUGGGUGCCGGUAAAGCUGUACUAGCCGAAACAGGGAGGAGCAGUGCAAGAGAGAAAAGG